UCGUCUUGUUCGAUGCCAUCACCUAUGAGUACUUCCUCGAUUCAUGAAAAGACAUUGAGUCUGGAGCUAAGAUCCAGUUCACAUAAUCACAUUCCGCAAGCUGAUAUUACUGACAUGCCAGUGAAUAAGCCGGAAGAUUACAAUGCAACAUUAUACACUACACCAGUAACUAAUCCACCAAGGGCAUCCACCGAACUCACACGGGAUAACAGUCGAAGAAGUCAUCAUGGCAGUAUAUUGCGAGCACGGUCACUUACCCGACCCGACCGACAGCGACCAAGACCACCAUUAUUUCAACACGACAUGCUUCCUCCACAACGUACAAAGAUGGAUAUGGUACGAGCUCGCAAUGAAAUUCUCAAUGCAUCCGCCGUAGCGAAAGACAGCAACAUUGUGUCUUCGCAUGAGGCUAAGCACCUGCCGCCUGUUCCCCGAAAUCCUGUUCAAACUGCCAACAUGACAUGGUGGUCAAUCACUGCAAAUAUUGCCACGUGCUGCUUCCCCAGCUGGUUCCUCAGUUAUUGUUUUAAAAAACAUAACCCACUCGUCCGUCAAGCAUGGCGUGAAAAGGUUACACUCGUGUACAUCAUAUUAUUUUGUUGCUUGGCACUGGCGUAUCUAACAUUCGGACUGCAACAAACAUUGUGCCCAGAGCAGCGACAGACCUAUGCUUAUUCCACUUCCUACAACGGCUCUUUGGUCAAAGCGUAUCGUGAAAAUAUCACGGUUCAUGGCAUGUUAUACCCAUAUGAGACAAUGCAUCAUUAUCUUGCCACAAAAGGUCUCAACCUCACGAAGGAGUUUCAGGGCGUCGACCUGAGUUCACUAUUUGACGCAGACACAUCUGGGGCAUGCAAAAUAUAUGAUGCCAACCGCAGUGGUGCCACCUCCACCCUUGGCAACUGCAUAGUCAAUGGUCCUUAUGGAGGGACUCUAAAAACUAAGAAUGGAAAUUGUAUUCCCAUGAAGGAUUUGCUUCUACAAUACAAGUCAACUGCCACGUUGAGUUAUGACUGGACGGAUUUUCAGCCUGAGGGUAUCGGCAAAUUGCACGGGACCCCUCUUGUCCUGCUUGGAGAAAAUGUGCUCAAUAUGUCUCAGUAUAUCAAUACAGGGAUUGAGUUUUACGGAGUCAAUACGCACAUUGCUCUUUUACAGUCUCUCGGGAAUGACGGCUCAUUAGCACUUUCCAACUGGGACGACGCCAAACAAGCGCAGAACUGUCUCUUGGCCCGGUACCGAGUCGGAGUUAUCCAAACCGAAACGGGCGGCUGUAUAGCGUCAAACCUGGUCAUGGAUAUCAUGCUUGGUAUUAUCAUCUCAUUGAUUGCUGUACGUUACUCCAUGGCCAUUGUCUUCCGAUGGUUCAUUGCUGGAAGACUAGUCAGACCAGGUGGUCGAUCAGGUCUAGUAUCAUGGCAAUCUCGUCGAAACGGAAGUAACGAUUCCUUCAAUUGGCAAGCAUACCAAGCUUCACCUUACAGAAACAGCAUAUCCCAGCCAGCCCCACCACCCAUGGAACCCAAAUUAGUACCCCCACCCAAGGACUUGUAUACCGUUAUGCUAGUCACAUGCUACUCGGAAGGUAUUCUUUCCCUCAAGACAACCAUGGACAGUUUGGCAGAAACUCAUUAUUCCAAACAACACAAAUUAUUCGUUGUUGUCGCGGAUGGCAUGAUCACCGGUUCGGGUGAAACCCAAUCCACCCCGGACAUGGUACUCUCCAUGCUUGACUUACACCCUUUGUCAUUGGACCCAAAGCCUUGCUACUAUCAAGCGAUUGCCGAUGGUGAAAAGCAACUUAAUCGAGCCAAAGUGUAUGCAGGUACAUAUAAACACAGAGCAAGCUCGACACCAUGUCUCUUGAUUGUCAAAUGUGGAACGCCAUCAGAAGAAGGCACUAGCAAACCAGGAAAUCGAGGCAAGCGGGACUCUCAGUUGAUAUUGAUGACAUUCUUUCAACAUGUUCUCUUCAAUGAUCGACUGACUGAACUACACUAUGAAAUGUUUUGGAAGAUGACGACCCUGAUGAACGGCAUUACGCCUGACAAGUUUGAGGUUAUUUUAAUGAUUGAUGCGGACACUAGAGUCAUGUCAGAUUCUCUCUCUUACAUGGUUGAGGCUAUGAAAAAUGAUCCUACCAUCAUGGGACUUUGUGGAGAGACUUGCAUAGCUAAUAAGGCACAGUCAUGGGUCACUGCUAUACAAGUGUUCGAGUACCACAUUUCACAUCACUACGCAAAAGCGUUUGAAUCGUUUUUUGGCGGUGUGACUUGUCUCCCUGGUUGCUUCAGCAUGUACAGAAUCAAAGCUCCUAAGAAUGGCGCUUGGGUACCCAUUCUUGCCAGCCCAGAUAUCAUCCUGGAGUACAACUUGAAUGUUGUGACAACACUUCAUGCCAAGAACCUUUUGCUGUUAGGAGAGGAUCGAUUCCUUUCGACGCUAAUGCUCCGAACAUUUCCCAAGCGGCAGAUGAUUUUUGUUCCUCAAGCUCGAUGCAAAACCGUUGUCCCCGAUAAUUUUGCUGUCCUUCUAUCACAGCGUAGACGAUGGAUUAAUUCUACCGUUCACAAUUUGAUGGAGCUAGUCAUGGUUUCGGAUCUUUGCGGAAUUGCUUGUCUUUCCAUGCAAUUUUCUGUCUUGAUUGACUUGAUAGGCACUGUCGUGCUACCGGCCGCCAUUGUCAUGACAAUAUGGCUAAUUGUGACCAGCGCAGAAUCGGCCACGCCACAGUGGCAGCCCAUCAUUCUUCUUUUGUCUAUUCUUGGUCUUCCAAUUGUGCUUAUUAUUGUUACCAUGAGAAAACUUGUUUACAUAAUGUGGAUGCUAGUCUACAUCAUGGCAUUGCCCGUCUGGAAUUUCAUUCUACCAGUAUAUGCUUUUUGGCAUUUUGAUGACUUUUCCUGGGGAGCUACAAGAGUUGUGGAAGGCGAAGUAAAGGGAUCCGGUCAUGAUGACGACGAUAAAGGACUGUUUGACUCAUCCCAACUCACAAUCAAGCAUUUGAACGAAUGGGAAAUAGAGAGAACAGGAAGAUCGAUUUACGGUAAACCACGAGUCAUGAGAAGCUACUACAGUAAUCGAAACUUGGUUGCCUAUGACCGACAAGAUCGUUAUAGCCUGCAUACACCUUCCCCCAACCCGCUUGCAUCGCCUGCCCCACGACCAAUGUCAGCCAACAUCUUACACAACAUGUAUCAAACACCCAAUCAGUACUCUCGAAAUAAUAUAUAUCUUUCCACUCCUCCAACAUCAUCUUCCGAAAUUCGGCACUCCUUCCUCAAAAGUCUCCAAGCUUCUUCUACCAAUACGUACGUUGAUGCAUCAUCACGCGGAGGCGUAUCCACUAUCUCCAAGGCUCAGUCGUCGGCCAACUCAUCGACGGUCUCCAGAUCAAGUGACAACGACUCAAGCACGAUUGUCCCUUAAAAUAAUUAUUAUUUUGAUAUACACAUUCGCAAUAAACACGCACACUUGUAAGGUACAAAUGAAAAGAUUAUACAGUAAAAGUGAAGUAGAACAAAAGAAAAUGAUCACAUUAUGCUUUCAUUGUGCCCAUUGAUUAAAUUUAAAAUGCCGACCAAUUCGUUACUUGCUCGGUUCGAGAUAGUGAUCU